UGGUUCUGCUGCAAAAGUUUGCAAAGUUUUCAAGCUGUCACUGGCAAUCGGCGAGAGGCGGAUGGAGGAACAAGCGAUUAUAAGCAAAGGCCGACAAACAACAAGCCAAGCACGGGGAAUAAAUAAAUAAUAGAAGAUAAAUAUGAAACGUGAAUUGCAGAAAAUAGUUUAAAUGCGCGCUCGAACGCCGUGACCACGAUGGAGCUGAUCUGAAUUGCCAUUCGGCACCGUGUUAGAGGCAAUAAAUGAAUGUAAACUUCAGCGUUCUGUGCUGCCAAGAUGACCCGUUUGGACUGCGGGUUUCACACUGCGCAUGGAGCUUCUGCCAUCCACUUCUUCAUGGUACUUGUAACCGUGCUGGACAACUGCAAGUCUGGGCUUGGAUUACUACGACAACCAGAGAGAUUCCUCCAGGACCUUCCUCAGUAUGAAGUGGUUCACCCCACUAGAGUGAAUGUCAGAGGUCACUUCCUGUCCAACUUCCUGUCUCAUCGCGCUCGCCGCAUACAGCGUCGCCAUGCCUCAGGGGAGUCCAGGGAUGAGGAGCGAAUCUUCUAUCAGUUGUGGCAUGCUGGCCACAGUUUGCACUUUAACUUGACUCUCAACCCACAUCUGCUGGCCCCGGGCUUCCUGACAGAAAGUCGGUACGGUGGACUUAAAGGGGUAAAGAUCCGCCCCCCUAGAUCCGCUCAGUGCCAUUUCCUGGGUGAAGUGUGGGAUGGGCCUGCUGUCAAAGGGAGCGCAGCAAUAAGCACCUGCGACGGACUGACAGGAUUGUUCAAGUUGUCCAAUGAAGAAUUCUUCAUCCAGCCUCUGGAGAAGCCACAUGGUGAGCCCUCAUCACCACAGGCCCAUGCCAUCUUCAAACGCCAUGCCCCCUUCCUGUCAUCUUGGAGUCCAGUUGUACAGCCCAUCUCAAGGGAACAAGCAGUCAAUGGUUCAUGUGGCGUCAAAGACUCCCAUCACAGUUUGGAAGAGAUUGAGAGGAAGCGGGAAUAUUGGGAGCAGCGACAGAAAAGGAGAAAGCGAAGGAUCCAUCGACGGUCUAUCAGCAAAGAGAAGUGGGUGGAAACACUUGUGGUGGCGGACCCUAAAAUGGUGGAAUACCAUGGAAGCAAAGGUGUUGAAAGCUACAUUCUUGCUGUGAUGAACAUUGUAGCAGGUCUUUUUCAAGACCCAAGUAUUGGAAACGCCAUCAACAUUGUUGUGGUUCGACUCAUCUUACUGGAGCAGGAUGAGGAAGACUUAAAGAUAACUCACCAUGCCGACAACAGCUUAAAUAGCUUCUGCAAGUGGCAGAAACAACUCAACAUGAAGGGCGAUGAUCAUCCUCUGCACCACGAUGUGGCCGUUCUCCUCACAAGGAAGGACAUCUGUGCAUCCAUCAACAUGCCUUGCGAAACGCUGGGUUUGUCCCAUGUGAUAGGAAUGUGUCAAUCACAUCGGAGCUGCAGUAUUAGCGAGGACACAGGCCUGCCGCUGGCCUUCACUGUUGCGCAUGAACUGGGUCACAAUUUUGGGAUUCAACACGAUGGCAAUGGUAACGACUGUGAACCCAUUGGAAAAAAACCUUUCAUCAUGUCUCCGCAGUUGCUCUAUGGCACCUUACUGCCCAGGUGGUCCAGAUGCAGUCGGCAGUACAUCACACGCUUCCUGGAUCGUGGAUGGGGUUGGUGCCUUGAUGAUGCCCCUUCGAAGGAUACCAUUUCACAAGGCUCGCUGCUUCCUGGGGUUCUGUACAGCGCUGCCCACCAAUGCCGGUUGCAGUACGGCUCUGGCUCCCUGCUAUGCGAUGACAUGGAUAAUGUGUGUGGCACACUGUGGUGUACGGUGGGAGCAACGUGCCACUCCAAGCUGGAUGGGGCUGUAGAUGGAACCAGUUGUGGCCAAGAUAAGUGGUGUUUCAGUGGGCAGUGUAUCAAAGCUGGACAUUACCCUGACAGUGUCAACGGAGGCUGGGCUAUGUGGAGUGAGUGGUCAGCCUGUUCAAGGUCAUGUGGGGCAGGAGUUGAGAGUGCACAGAGGGACUGUGAUGACCCAGUUCCCAGGAACAGAGGCAAGUACUGCCUGGGAGAAAGACAGCGGUAUCGCAUCUGUAAAACAACACCAUGUCCUCACAACGUGCCCACUUUUCGAGAUAUGCAAUGCAGUCACUUUAACAGUGCACUCUACAAGGGCAAAUUCUACAAGUGGGUGGCAGUCAUAAGCAGAGUCAGUCCCUGCGAACUCCACUGCCGUCCGCUCAAUGAAGACUUCUCUGAAAAGAUGCUUGAUGCCGUCACUGACGGUACACCAUGCUUCGAAGGCAACAAAAGCGGAGACAUGUGCAUCAACGGCAUUUGUAAGAAUGUUGGCUGUGACUACGUGAUUGAGUCAAGUGCGGUCGAGGAUCGAUGCGGAGUGUGUCUUGGUAAUGGCUCCACCUGUGCAACUGUGAGGAAAACGUUUGAGAAGAGCGAAGGACUUGGUUAUGUGGACAUUGGACUCAUCCCAGAGGGAUCGUGGGACAUCAGAAUUGAGGAGAUGGCUGAAGCUGGGAAUUUCUUAGCGCUCAGAGGUGACGGCCCCAACAAGUAUUAUCUGAAUGGCGGCUGGACUAUACAGUGGAAUGGCGAGUACAAGGCAGCCGGGGCUGUGUUUACAUAUGAACGCACUGGACAUCUAGAGAACCUGACCUCGCCUGGACCCACCUUGGAACCACUAUGGAUUCAGCUCCUCUUUCAAGAGACCAAUCCAGGAGUGCGCUACGAAUACACAAUCAGUCAAAAUGUUUCUGAGGACAAUAACGGCUCAGCCUCAAUUUUCUUCUGGAAGUGUGGAUCAUGGAGUGAAUGUAGUGCCACCUGUGGAGAAGGUGUUCAGAGGCAAAUUUUUCACUGUGUUGAAAGAACCAACGGAAUAGUGGAUGAGUCAUCAUGUGACCCUUUAACCCGACCUGACGACAACCAAACCACCUGUAACAAGGAGCCUUGUCCAGCUAUAUGGUGGGUGGGUGAGUGGCAGAAAUGCUCUGCAAGCUGUGGGAGCUCUGGUGUGACUAAAAGAACAGUGCUGUGCAUACAAGCCGUCAGCGUGGAAGAUCAGAAAGCCCUCCCGCCCAGUGAGUGUGAACACAUCCCAAAACCCGAGUCCGUUUUGUCCUGUAACACAGAGAUCCCAUGCCCGGCCGAUUGGACCACUGGCAGUUGGUCAAAGUGUUCACUAACGUGUGGAAGAGGACUACGUCGGCGUAACGUUACCUGCUCCAGAAACACUGGCGUUGACUGCAACCUGCAACAGAAGCCCAUCUCUCUUAGUACCUGUUCGAUUCAGGACUGUCCACAAAUCGUGGAUAAUUUCGGUGACAAUGACUCAUCUGGAAGUGGAUGGACAAGUGAAGACGUGUUGAAUGAAAUUAACUUCAUACCUGUGGCCAAACUGCCUCCGAAGUACAGUCCCGCCAAAGUCCAGUUAAAAAACGAUGAUCCAAAUGACCUGAAUAACAUUUUUGAGGACUUUCAUUAUCACAAUAAGAUAGAAAGUGAAGACAAUGCUCCUAAAGUGGAUGACUUUUACUAUGACUACAACUUCAUCAAUUUCCAUGAAGACUUAUCGAACGAGAGUGGCGAAAUAGAUUUUUUCUAUGAGGAAGAACCAACUGACCGUGUGAAGGACACAAGUCAUUCUUCGGAACCUGCAGAAACACACAGCAUUACUAAAAACAACCUGAAGGACAACGGAAACCCUGAGGAUGGAGAAGACGCUCAAAAGCACUCUGGAGGUUUUGACGAUUACCUUGCUGAGGAUUAUCUUCUGCCUGUCUCCAUCACUCGGCCACCACCGGGACAUUCAUUCCGAAAAGAUGGAGAAGAAGAUCCCCCGUGGUCUGAAAACAAUAACACAAGCCCCCCUCUGGAUGACACUACCAGGGAGCCCACACAGAGUAAAAACAUGGAGCAAGAUAUAGAAGAUGUUAAAAAUAACCACAAUUCCACAGAGGAAGAGAAUCACUCUGGGGAAUUCACUCCAUCACACGCUGCUUCGGUUCCUCGAAUACACGCUGAGAGCAGUCACACUGUCACAUUGACAGCGAACACCCGAAGAGAGGACGAUUUAAAAUUGCACCAAACUUACACUAUGCCACAGUUUACUACCCUUAAGGUUUUAGAAUCCUCACUGCCAGGAAAUGUAGGAAAUUCCGAAUUAGAUCGUACACAAGCUACCAGUGAAUCCAGAACAUUUUCACCUGAUCUUAGAUUGGAAAAUGUGCAUCCAACCCAUCUCAGUCCAGACUUGGUUACCAUUAAUGAUGAUUCCAGCUUGUCUGGCAGUGGCCUCAGUAUGACCUCACUGCCUCCCUCUGACAGUUCCACUCCUCUCUCUUUCCCAGAUCUGUACAUGUCAGGUAAUCAAAAGGCCCCCGAUGACACCAUGUUGUCUGCUGGAACACAAUUCCAGCCGCCUACGAACCAGGAAGGAUACACUCAGCCUCCCCCAGAUGAUUUUCAGCCAGCAACAACGGAACAAACUCUAACAGAAGCCUCUCCUGAAAGGCCUGAAGCAGAUUCCUCUUUGUACACAUUAGAACUUCCAUUUGAUGACUACGACUACAAUCAAAUUUCAACUCCCCCGAUUGUAAUAUCUGGUAUUAUGAAGGAUCCUGACUCUUCACACGUUGCCCCAAUGUUGACCACUGCAGCCACUCAACUUAUCGCCACACAAAAAACAAUGAGGGAUAUCUCACCAACCCAACAGUCGUAUCUUUGGACACUUCCUCACACAACAUCCGAACAUACACCAGCCGCCACACAAGUUGCAGCUUUUUGGGUCACCGGCAACUGGAGUUCUUGCUCCACGAGCUGUGGUCUGGGUGCCAUCUGGAGGACUUUGACCUGCAGUACUGGCUCAGAGUCUGAUUGUGACUCAGCCAAGAGGCCAACACCCGCCCAGCGUUGUUACUUGCGCCCCUGCUCCAUGUGGAGAGUUGGGGAAUGGACGAAGUGUUCCAGGAAUUGCGGCGGUGGAAUAAAAUCCAGAGAGGUCCAGUGUUUCGACAUGCGAGAUCAGAGACCUCUACGACCUUUCCACUGUCGGGCAAUGUUCUCCAGGCCACAUAGCCAAAUGCCCUGCAACAUUCUGCCAUGCCUGGACUGGUACACUUCUUCCUGGGGACAGUGUUCAGAGGUUUGUGGAGGUGGAGGACAGCAACGACUUGUCACCUGCCCAGAGGAGGAUCUCUGUGACACUGAACUUAAGCCCAGCAACAUCCAGCCAUGCAAUACUCAGCCUUGUGCUCAGUGGCUAACUGGUUCUUGGGGACAGUGCUCUACUUCCUGUGGCGGUGGAGUGCGGCGGCGACUUAUCAAGUGUGUUAACCCAAAAGCUGAGACAGAAGAAGUGUUGAAUGAAACUCAGUGUGGCCAUGAGGUGCAACCGGGGAGCACACAGAAGUGUAACUUGGAUAAGUGUCACAGGCACCCUUCUGUUUGAAAGCAGUAAACUGCAAUCUAUGAUACAGGUACAUAAGAAUAGCUCUUUGUGCAUCACAAUAUUUCAACUCAAAUCAGCCACUGAUGAUGUUCCACAUUGCCAUUUGUUGAUUACUGUUUCUAUAUUGGGCCUGCUGGAGCCCUAGAGAUGCGUGAAGCGGGUCAAGCGUAGCCAAUAGAAGAAAAGACAUACGCAGGAAAUGAGGCAUAUUUAGCUGCAGCUGGUGCCUUUGUAGCCCUCUAAUGCAAUCAAGUGUUUAUGAUGGCAUACACGUCUAACCUACCACAUUAGAUCAGGGUUUAAUGGUCUCCGCUUUUGCAGUUGGCUCGUCUUUCCAUAUUGGAUUUUUAAUCUUUAGAAAGAAAUAUCCAUAGUCCAGGGAUCAACCGAAUAGUUUUGAAUAAUAAAGUCAUGU